CUGGAGCGCGCGCCUCCUGCCGCUGGAGGUCCUCUUUUUCAAAACAAACAAAAUGGCGGCGCGCAUGAGAUGGGGUCUCCACCAGUUGUUACGGGCGAGAAAUACGACUCAAUUUAGAUUUCCAGAGAAGAGCAGAGGUUCAUACCGCCUGCAGUCCACGACCCCGAGCUUCCGAGGAGUUCAUCCCGGGGCAAACACACACUUCCCCGUAAGACACCUCUCCAUCCAGACUCAAGACACUCCAAACCCACGAAGCUUGAAGUUUCUCCCUGGAAAAGCCGUCCUGGGAAGUGGGACGCUCGACUUCCCUUCUCCAACUUCAGCUGGGUGUUCAUCUUUAGCCAGGGACCUGUUUGAAAUCGAAGGAGUGAAAAGUGUGUUUUUCGGUCCGGACUUCAUCACGGUGACUAAAGCAGAUGAGGAUGUGGAGUGGACGGACAUUAAGCGCCACGCUUUGGACGCCAUUGCUAAGUUUUUUGAGAGCGGUGAACCAAUAACAACAGGGGCGGUGCACCAUGAAAGCAGUCUUUCUGAAGAUGAUGAUGAGAUAGUGUCGAUGAUCAAGGAGCUCCUGGACACCAGAAUCAGACCUACGGUGCAGGAAGAUGGCGGAGACGUCAUCUUUAAGGGCUUUGAGAACGGCACAGUCAAGCUGAAGCUGGUUGGUUCCUGCACAGGAUGUCCCAGCUCCACUGUCACCCUGAGGAACGGCAUCCAGAACAUGAUGCAGUUUUAUAUCCCUGAGGUGGAUGGGGUGGAACAGGUGGAGGAUGAAGUGGAUGAAAUCAAUGCGAAAGUUUUCUCAGAACUUGAACGCAAAUUACAAGACUGAACGCGGACCAACACACGCACGAGCUUCCACAGAAGAAAUACACUGUGUACACAGAGCCAUGCUCGAUUCCAAGAAAUUACCAUUCGAUGUGAUAAGAAUGGAGAUUGUAUUUUUUUUCCCCUCCUGAUAAUAUAUAUUGUUUGCAUAAUUUGUGCUCCCAAGAGGUUAAUCUUGUGCGAAGUGUCUGCCUCUGUUACAAAGGAAAGCUGAUAUACUGUACCAUAAAUGAUUCAGUCACUAUUUUCUGCGAAAACAAUAAUAUUCUGCUGUGAUCACUUUAGAUGUUGUGUUGUAUUUAUUUCUUUAAAAUACUGUAUAUUUUUAAAGGAUAUUUUCUUAACAUGUGGAGGUUUCUGUCAUUGUGUGUGGUCAUGCAGGCUGAAGGUCUGAUGAAGUCUUCAAGUCGUUGCUGCUGAACUGCUUUUCUUGUCACAGCAUCAUCCAUGAAAAUAAAGUCACAAAAGCUGUAAUUAUUCAAGAAGAACGCUUGUGUAUUUAUGUAUUCUACGUCACAAAAAAUAAUGAUCACAUUAAAGGUUUGA